UCUUUUCCGUUCUACCAAAGUGGGCCUAAGUUCGCAAAAACGCGUCAACAAAUUGGGCAAAGCCUCGUCUCCUGUGACCAAGUAAGUUCUCUCUUUCUCUCUCUAGUUUCUCACUCUACAAACGCACACUCUCUCCUCUGCUCAAACACCCCGAUUCUGAAAUAGUUGAUUGUUCAGAAAUUUAAGUGCUUUUUAUGGGGAAAGGUUCGAAGAGUGGUGGAUGCAAGUCUGCAUCUCACCAAGUCUUCAAGGACAAGGCGAAGAACCGCGUGGAUGAUCUUCAGGGCAUGGUUACGAAUCUUCAAUCCGCGAUGAAGGAGAGCCGUUCGAUCGAUGUCGCUGUGCACGUAGAGCAAGUCAAUCAGAUCCUUCGUGAGUGGAAAAAGGAACUCAAUGAACCCUCUCCAGCAUCUUCUCUUCAGGGUGGGAGUCUUGGGUCUUUCUCGUCGGAUAUUUGUAGGCUGUUGCUGCUUCGCGACGAAGAAGAUGAUGCCACUAGUGCAUUAGCUGCCCCAAAGCCUGAGCCCGAUGGGCAAAAAGUCAGCAACAAUGCCAUCUUCCUGGAGCAGGGAUUUAGUGUGAACCAGGGUCCACAGGAACAAGAAUUUCAGUUGGUUGAUCAAUGCAAAGGCUGUCCUUCAGAAAUUCACAACAUGGAAGCCAGUAACUUUGGCAUUGCUACUCAGCCGGGCUAUCACGCAGUUGAUUUGCAACAAGACUUUGCUGAGAAUUUCUUUGCUGAUUUUGAUGGUAUGGGUCUGUGUGGAGAGGAUGGUGUUCCUCAGAUCUCUGACUGUUUGCAAAAUAUUAGUAUUCCACCUUCGGCUUUCUUGGGGCCAAAAUGUGCACUCUGGGAUUGUAUCAGGCCUGCUCAAGGGGUGGUCUGGUGUCAAGACUAUUGCGGUACUGAGCAUGCUAAAUGGGUUUUGAAUGAAGGCCAACCUGGUAUGGCUCCAGUUCUGCGACCUGGCGGCAUUGUUCUGAAGGAUUCAGUGCUUUUUAAUGCUCUUAGGGCAAAAGCACAAGGAAAAGUUGUUGGUAUUCCAGAAUGUGAGGGUGCUGCGACUGCAAAAUCCCCAUGGAAUGCUCCUGAGCUUUUUGAUUUUACAGUUGUUAACGGUGAAAUAAUUAGGGAAUGGCUCUUUUUUGAUAAACCUCGAAGAGCAUUUGAGAGCGGGAACAGAAAGCAAAGGUCAUUGCCAGAUUAUAAUGGACGCGGCUGGCAUGAGUCAAGGAAGCAAGUGAUGAAUGAAUCUGGUGGGCUGAAGAGAUCUUAUUAUAUGGAUCCACAGCCAAUGAAUAAUUGUGAAUGGCACCUUUUUGAGUACCAGAUAGACAAAUAUGAUGCGUGUGCCCUAUAUAGGUUGGAAUUCAAGCUUGUUGACAGCAAGAAGAGUCCAAAAGGAAAGCCAACAAAUGAUUCGGUUGCUGACCUGCAGAAGCAGAUGGGAAAGCUUACUCCCUCAGACAACAAGCGGUCUGCCAAGGGGAGAACAAAAGCUAAUCUGAAGGAUGGUGUUGGAAAUGUUGUUUCUGCUCCAGAGCAAAUUACACCUACAAUUGAAGGGUUUGAUAAUGUAACUGAUGGGACGAGAACUAAUUUGAAGGAUGGUGCCGGAAAUGUUUAUUCUGCUCUGAAGCAAAUGGCAUCUCCAAGUGAAUGGUUUGAUGGCAUAACAGGUGUACCCUAUGAUUAUAAUUCAAGUGGCUAUUACUUAAAGUAGUUGAAGAAACCUUGCUGCAUGUGGAACAAGCAGCAUUUUCGUGUGGUGUACAGCGGCUGAAUGGUUGCGCUAUGACCUUUAGGCAGCGGUUAAUUCGAUCUUUGAUUUUCUUCUCUUCGUGUCAUUUGGUGCAUCGCACAUCACGCAUGAGAAAUAUUGUGCAUAUUAAUUUCAUCUGGUGGAUAUUUUGCAUAGUUCAUUGUCAUCGGAAGGAUAUUGUGCAUAGUUCAUUGCCAUCUAGAGGUUCAGUGCUGCAUUGGACUGAUUAGGAUGCUGGCAUCUAUUCUAGCCUCUGGAUGAUGGUCUGUUCUAACUGCAAAUUUACUUUCGUUCUGUGUUUAUUUUUCUUAAUGUGUUGUUAUAUGGUGGCACCAGAACUGGAAUAGUGGUGACAAUAUUUACCUGUAACAUCUGUCAGACCUUACUUAGGUUAAGACUUUCUUGCUGACUACAUAGGAUGGUGUUAACGAAAAAUGUUAGCGGCAAUAUGUAACUUCUCGUUGCUGGUUAUACACAAUGCUUUUCUAAGAGUUGUCAGCGCUCAAAAUUAUGUAUAUGGAUAUCAUUUCAGUUUUUAUCAAAAGUGGUGGUUCCUUU